ACGGCAUGUCUGUGGUAGAGCUACUGAAAUCCGUGGACUCCUUGGCGAGGUUGAUCACUGAGCGUACACAAGAGCUCGAAAAGCUAAAGCAGGACUACAAUGCCAAACUACAGACCAUCAAUGCAUAUCUUGAGCAACUACCACAACAUGGGGUACUAGGACUGGGCAAGCAUGAACUUGACGAGAAAGCGUUUCUCGAGGCUGUUUCUGCAGAUAUGGACUGCCCCAAAUGUCAAUCCAAAGUCUAUCUGAAUGGCGCAGACUCUGACUACAUACUUAUACCCAAGCAGAAGCUCAGGCUAUUGGGGAUAGAGAGUACACCUGAAAUCGAUGAUAGGCUUGCUUCACUCAAGUUAUCUACUACCAAGGAACAGGCUACAGGCCAUGAGUACCCCAGAAACCCCACCAAGCAUUAUCAUAAUUCUAAAUCCAAGAAGAUUUGCUCGUAUUGCAAGAAACCGGGGCACUCUAGGGCGAAGUGUCUAGUACGACUUCUGACACCUGCGCCUAAUACACCAUGAGAUGGACGAUGGAAUGAUCUAUAUUACAUAUUUAAAAUACAUUACUUGCUUGAUUGAGCCAA